ACAAAAGUUGAUCGUUAAAAAUAUGCAAGUUUGCUUUCCUGCUUAAUUAGUAAGUUACUUAACUUUCCUGGAUUAACACUAAUAACUUCAUCAGUACAGAAGCGUGACCCUUUAAACGUAUGUUCCUUUGCAGACAUUGCUUCCUAAUUUUAGGGGUUUCAUGUUGCUGAAAGUAUCCCAACAAUCAUGUGUGGAUAUUUUGUAGUCAGAAGCAUUUGACCCAGCUCCAGGAGCGGCGUUUCACGCCCUACUUUGAGCAUCGCCGGAGCCAGCUGUCGCCCUGGCUCUCCGCAGCAGCGCCAGAAUCCUCCUGGCAGGAUCACCGAAACUUCGCCUCCCGCCGAGCCGGCCGAAGGCAGGCAAGAUGGACCGCCACGAAAUCACCCUGGAAGCCGACAAAACCCACCAAAAUCGUCUCUCCAGCGUCACCGAGGAGGAAGAAGAACAAGAUGCAGCUUAUACUAUUGUGACGGUCCUGGACAAAGUGGCCAACAUUGUGGACAGCGUGCAGGCGAGCCAGAAGAGGAUAGAGGAGAGGCACAGGGAGAUGGAAAAUGCCAUCAAGACCAUACAGAUCGACAUGCUAAAGCUUGCCCAGGCUCACGGCAAUACGGGCUACACGGUGAACAAGUUACUGGAGAAAACCCACAAAGUCAGCUCCACCAUGAAGGAGGUGCGGGCCCGCGUGGAGCGGCAGAGCAUCAGCGUGCGGAAGGUGGAAGCCAAACAACAGGAGAUGCUGAAGAAAAACAAAUUCCGGGUUGUAAUCUAUCAGGAGGAAACCGAGUGUCCUUCAUCUCUCUCAGUUAUCAAAGAGAGGACACCGGGUGAAAUACUAGAGGAUGAUUUCUUGCCACCUGAUGAUCUGUCUUCUGAUGAAGAAUAUUAUAUUGAAGAAAGCAAAGCAACCCAGUUCAAGAGAUCGGGCAUGAGGCGCAUAGAUGAUAUCAAGAAGGCAUUUUCAAGGGAAAAUAUCCAAAGAACAAGACAAAAUUUUGGCAAGAAGGUGAACAGGAUUCGAACUAGAAUAGUGACCCCUGAGAGGAGAGAGAGAAUCAGGCAGUCAGGAGAAAGACUGAAACAAUCUGGGAUACGGAUCAAGAAAUCCAUUUCACAAGCUGCCCCAACGAAGGAGACGUUCAAGAUCCAUAAAAAAAGUAAAGAACGAACAGGAGCUGAAGGUCAGGAGGGCAUCCAGGAAGCUGGUGUGCACAUCACCUCUGAGCUGCCAGCAGCAGAGCCCUUCACUGAAGAGAUCUCUUACACAGAAGUGAUCACUAAGGUAAAGAAAGACAAGAAUAGUGCAGCAAAAGGUGCUUCCCAGUCAACUGAAAAGGGAAUGACAAUCCCAGAAUUCGUUCUUAAGCAAGAAGGAAAGGAAGGAGGAGGAGGUGAUGACGUCCCUUUGCUGGACUUAAAGCAAUCAGCAUAAGGAAUCAAUUAGCAAACACACUGUACUAUCCUUACUGAACAAGAGAUAACACAGUAUAGAAUCAUAUAAUCAUAUAAUGGUGUGGGUUGGAAGCGACCUUGAAGAUCAUCCAGUUCCAACCCCCCUGCCAUGGGCAGGGACACCUUCCACUAGACUGGAUUGCUCAGAGGUUCCAGGCUGGGAACCUCCAGCUUGCAAGAAAAGAAAUGUAUUCACUCAGCUUUAGAAAAACGUGUGAAUUUGUGUCAUAUCACAAAACAUGUGUUGGUGGUAUUUACAUGGGUGUCUGUAGUGUUGUCUUCCUGACAAAAGUCAAGCCACGCCAACCGAAUGAAGGGGCUCCGCCUCCAUCUCACAGUGUGCCGACAGCCACCACUAGCCCACACGGAAUUCGCAUGUCAAAGGGAGACGGAAGUCUGCAGGAUUUUCAAGACUGAUUAGAGUCACUUUACGGCCUAAUCACUCUCUUUGGUUUUAUGUACAACAGUAUAAAAACAUUUUCCAUUAUCUUAUACUAGCUCCUCUAAUUAGGAAACAAUAACAAAGCUAUUACGUCAUAUUAGCAAAAGGAAGAACUAUGAAAAAUAUCAAUUCAACUACACAAAUCUUUAUGUUUAAGAGCCCUCACUGAAAGAGCAAAAGGAGGAAAUACCUCCUUUACCCAGGGUGCAACAAGACGUGGCAGAAAUUAUAGGGUUUUGAGUAAACUGUGUUUCCUCUCAGUGGAAAAGUGAAGCUCCUGAAAUGAUUAAAGAUUAUUUCCAGAGUUCUGGAAGAGGAAGGUUUGCUGUAGGUAAGAAAUGCAUUUUCUGCACUUAUGGAGUAAGAAUAAAGAGCAGAAGACACAUUAAAUAUGAAAUAGCAGGAGGAAAAGAGAACGAGGUGUUGUAUUCAUGUUCUAGAAAGAUGCAAUUGUGAGAAAGGGAAGAGUAUGAAGCAAUAAGAGAGGAAUAAGAUUAAUGCAUGGGUUCUGGAUAAAUAGAGAAUAUAGAUAAUAUUGUAACUGAAGUUUCCUUUUGUUGUUACUCUAUCCAGAGGAUCACAGGGCAUAGGAUCAUGAAGGUAACUGAGCAGACAAGGGAAUUGUUUCGUUUUCCAUUCUCUGUCCUUUUUCUGAGCUUCACUGAAAUUAAAAUCUAUUCUGCUAAGCCGCUGAAAUUCAGGGCCAAUCCAUAACCCAAUUCUUUGUUUCCCAUCAUCAUCUUUAUCGACCAGCCACAGCCUCAGGGAUUACGAGACAGACACCCUCGGGAGUAUGGAAUGCUGUUUAUUGGCAACACUCGGGAGCCAGUGGCCUGACAUCAGAUAUGUUUGUAAACACGGCCGCUACGCUGACAUGGGGUGCAGGACUGUAUCGCUCUCUUCAUUCCUAAAUGGAGUUGCCUUCAAAGCACUUACCGAAAGCAAUGUUAGUCAUUACUAUCUGUGUGAAACUUGUACGAUAUUGCCAAAAGCUGUAUGAUUGUAUUGAAUAUCUCAGAUUUGUUUUAACAGCAGAGCAUAACUUGGUUAUCUAUAUACAUUGUUUGAGGACUCCCAGCUAACUGUUAAUCUAUCGUUUAAAUACAAUAAGUUUGAUUUCAAA